CGUGAAAGAAACUUUAUAGAACUGAUGUGACUUCAGUUAUUUUAAGAAAAACGCCUUGUGAAUUUUGUUCCACGUUUGGUUAAAAUCGGAAAUGAUAUUUAUAUUCGGUGUUAUUUGAAGUAAAUUUUUCAAAUGCCAUUUUACAAAAUGGGGACAACAAGAAAAUGGCGCACUUUUGAACAUGGCGCAGUAAACAUAAACAUUGAUUUAGUUUUUACCAGAUUUUUUGUUUUUGUUUUUAUAUAAUUUCCAAUAAGUACUUGAUUUUGAAUUGGAAUGAUUUUGGAUUAGUCUAUAGUUUUUACAUUGUUUAUGACACUUGAAAAGAUGGAUACAAUAUAAAAUUUUAAAUUAAAAUAAAUCUAGCUUGAAUUUUUUCUACUAUUAUCUCAGUUUUGGAAUGCCUUCUCCUAAAAAAAAACAUCUCCAAGCUAAUAAAAAGCUAGUUGUGAUGUAUCCUAGUCGAGGUAAAAGUGCAAGGAUUCAAUCAAAAGUAAAGGAUGAACCGCAGGAAGAAGAACAUUCAUUUAAAAAAGGAAAAAAACAAAAGAUAAAAUUAAAAGACAAGGCGAAGAAAGCUCAAAAUACAAAAAAGAAUAGUAAAAAAAUGACUGUUAUGAUGUUAGCUGCUGCACGUAAACGUAAGCUCAAUGGGGAGGAUGAUAAUGACAAGCCUGUUCCUAACAAAAAACUUAAAAAGAAAGUGAAGAGUAAGAAAAAAGCUCCCAAGUCUGAAAUUGAUGAUUCUUCAAAUAAUAUUAAUGAUGAUGAGUUAACAGAUGAUGAUUAUGAACAGCCUAUGAUUGCUGUGAAAAAUGAAGAUGAUAAUUUGGAUGAUGAAGACACAGAAGAAAAUGAUGAAGAUGAUUUUGAUGAUAUGAUGGACCCAGCUCCACCUAGUUCUGAAAUGUUGAUUAAUGAAGAACAUCAUUAUAUUCAACAUCAUCAAGAUGUUGAUGACACAGAACAUGAUGAAAUAGAGGUACCAGCAGAGCAGAUGCAAGCAGAACUUCAGCAAGAAAAUGAUGAAGAUGACGAUGAUAAUGAUGAAGAAGAAGAUAUAGAUGAAAAUUUAUUUUUUGGUAUACCAGAUCAACAAUCCCCAGAUUUAGCUACUUGCACCCAUUGUAAAGGCAAAUUUCGUAAAGAAGAUGUUCAUGAACAUAUGUUGACUUGUCCAGAGCGCUAUGUACAAUGCCGAGAAUGUGGCAAGAUUUUAUCAAAUUUGCAAACUUUAGAACGACAUCACAAACGGUUUCAUUUAAAAAUACGAGAGGUUCCUUGCACGCUUUGCGAUAAAAUGUUUAUCGAUGAAGCUGCAGCUCGUAAGCAUUUAAAAACAGUCCAUUUUAAAGUAAAGAACUUUCAUUGUCCUCAUUGUGAUAAAUCUUUUUCACAACGUAACAAAUUAACAUAUCAUGUACGCACACAUUCUGGUGAGAAGCCUUAUUCUUGUGCAGAAUGUGGAAGAAGUUUUUCUUUGCUAUGGAAUUUAAAAACGCAUCUCCGCACUCACACAGGAGAAAAACCAUAUAUUUGUGAAACGUGUGGUCGUAGGUUCACACAAAAACAGAAUAUGACAUCCCAUCUUACUACACAUCGUAAGCCUAAAUCAGAGAAAGGUUUUAGAGCACAUUUUCCAGGUGAUAUCGAUGAGUACGAUACAGAUCCCGCUAGCAUUAUAUCUAAUGAAAUAACCUUUAAACAAACUUCAAAAGGAAAUUAUCGAGCUUUUGAACAAGCCAAGCAACUUUCUGCACAAUCAAUAGGAGGUGGACAUUAUGUUCUUGGUGACAUGCAAAGUAUUGAAAUUCAUACAGCUGAUCAAGAACCAGCUGAAACUAAUCUUCAACAUGGAUUAGGGCUACUUUCUUCGGUUGCUCGAAAAGGCGAUGCCACUGAUGUACAAGUUGAUGGAAUUGUAAAUAUAUCAGAAAAUGGCGGUAAUAUGGAUCAAGUUGUUGAAGUUCUUAUUCGUUCAUCUAGUGAAACUGAUAGUGCCGGAAAUUCUUAUACAACAUUACAGUUAGGCGGUGCAACUUCUAACCAAUCCAAGAUCAUUAUUGAUCCUAGUACAAACAACAUUACAGAUGGAGAUGGUCAGGAAAUAACACUUGAUUCCAGUACAGCUGCAGGGUUAUCCAAUAUACUUCAAAAUCCUGACGUUCUUGCUGCAAUAAAUAAUGCCGCUUCUACAAAUAAAUUCAUUGUUAUUGGUCCAGUUAGUAUGUUCGAUGGAUGUGAAUCUACUACAGGUGUUAUUUCACUUUCCUCGCCUGUUUCAAAUGGAACAGAUAAUACUAAUUUAACAUUUUCACAAGAGCAACUUGCGCGUUUAUCUGCUUUAGUGCACGAUGAAGAGUGUUUAGUAGUAAGUCAAGUGUCAUCUCAAUCAGUUAAAGACUCUAUAUCGGCAACUUCAACGCUUGCAGCUGUAGAAAGUUACUUGCACGGUGAGCAACAGUCGAGUAUUAUCAAAGGUGAUGAAGUAGUUAAUAAUAUACUUAGCUCUAUUCGACCAGAUGUAAGAAAUGGAUCAAGUUGUAUUAUUCAAACAGCUGCUUCAGCAGUUCGAAGUUCUAAUCUUACUAUAUGUAUGCCACCUAUGAGUCAAAGCAUCCUACCGAUUUCAUCAUCUAACAUUUCCAUUAAAGCAGACUCAACUCAACGUUAUAGUAAAAAAUGUUCUCGAGCAAAGGUUUCAGCAUCUGAAGUCAGUAGUUCGAUUGAUGAUGUUGAUGAAAGUAAUUUAAUAAUACAACAUGCUGAUGGAAACGAGUUAAUAAUAGACGAAGGAGAUGAAGGUCAGGGCUCUAUGGAAGUAGAGAGCACAACUCAUGUAGAGUACGGGAUAUCACAAAAUAUUAGCCAACCAAGAUUUAUUGAUGAAGGGGCAGCUGAUAGCUCGGGUAUGAUCGUUGAUAUUGAAGAUGAAUCUUCGAAUAGUGGAGAACCCAUAUUGCUUCUCAGUUCGGAUGAAAAUGGACAACCUCAAAUUAUUGUCAAAAUGCCUGAUGGUUCUGAGACUAUUAUGUCUGAUCCUGCUCUUGCAGAAAGUUUAAUACAAGUACCCACUAUAACUAACGCUCAGCUGGAAGAUAAUGAUGACGAAACUCAGCCUUCGCAAAGUAUUCAAAUUUGUAUACAAGAACUUGAUCAAAGUAUAUCUCAAUCUGAUGAGGUGCCUUCGCAAAGUGAACAUUUCAUUACACAGAGCGAUUCUACUUUGGAGGUAGUGACUCAAAGUGCUCCUCAGCACCAAUUUAUUACUCAAAGCGGUUCACCACAGUCAUUUGUGACUCAAAGUGAAACAACUGAUGAUUGUGUCACUCAGAGUACUCAAUAUAUAUCUAAUAAAAAUAUUAAUUCUGAACACAUACCAGACCAAAGUUUGAACUCUGAAAGUAUGCCGUUAGUCAGCUAUGUUGACUCUAGUAACAAUAUAGAGUAUAUAUCGCAAGAAGGGGAAGUUAGUGAAUCAUCUAAUAUAACAACUGCGCAAACCCCUGAUAGCAGUUCUCAGGCCUAUGAAAGACUAGAAAGUAAUAUUGAGUCCAGAAUGAAUCCUUUUAUGGAACGCGUAUCAGGGUCUCACGAGCGUUUAGAGCUACGUGGGGAGGUCAAUAUCGAGUUUCGUGACGAGUUUUCAGCAGAUAGUAGUAGCAGUAAUAUAAUUCGCCGGGCUUCAAGUAAUUCUUUGCAAGAUGGUGUUUGUCAAAGCACAAAUUCAAAUGAAUCUCUGUUAUUAACGCACUUUGACUCAGAAAAUGUUACUUCUUCAGGUUCCUAAUUCUCUAAUUAGAUUAUAUGACUACUUGA